UUGGCACCCACUUGACAGCUGACAGCAUGACAUAAUUUUUUGUUUAUGUCAACAAGCGCUUUUAAACACCAACAAUGCAUUAAACAUUUACGUUUUGUUUAACCGGAAGGCGAUUAAUUCCGAGGUCACCCCGCAACGAUUGUCGUGCCCCCUUGUUGCUCGGAACUUGUACAGAUGAAGCCCUUUGACGUACUUUUGCAACCCGUAGUAACCCACAGUACGGACCGUAUGCACAAUGUAACGCAACUAUGGCAGUUUUCAGUAAGUUCCUUGUUCAUUUAAACCCGAAAAUGUGGCUUGUGGGGGACCUGUCGCCGCCACUGAGCGUGCCCACGGUACUUAGCACCUUCAUUAUUUGCAUUCUGGGUUUUUAUAUUUUUAAAUGGUUGAGUGGUGACGGGAACGUGCCCAUUAGGGACUCGUCGAAGAACCAUAGCUGGAUUCCAAUUAAAAUAGCCUCAAAGGCUUGGUACUGCUCCAUAUGUGAGUCGUUUCUGAUCAACGGAAUCGGGGUUUACUGUGAUUGUUGUGGGGUGUGCGCGGACCCAGAGUGUGUAAAAAAAGCCAACGUGAAGCUCCAGUGUAAGGCAAUCACGAGUAAUAACGAAAAGCAGCUGCACCACUGGGUUAAAGGAAACCUGCCUCUGGGGGCUGUCUGCUGCCUCUGCAACGAAGACUGCUCCAUGGAGCCGGGCCUCAUCGACUACCAGUGCUGCUGGUGCCAGCGCACGGUUCACACCUCUUGUCUGUCCAAGCUCCCCCAAGACUGCGAUUUUGGUCCGUUUCGGAAUAUGAUAGUGCCCCCUUGGUGCGUGCAAGUGGCGCGGCGCAAGGGGGCCCUCAAUAAGCACCUUCUGCUAAGGGGUGUCAAAGACCCGGGGUGGAAAAACUGGACGCCGCUGGUCGUCGUUGCUAACAAAAAGUCGGGCAAUAACGACGGCGCCGUCGUGUUGUCGGAGUUCCGAAAGUAUCUUAAUCCGGUCCAGGUGGUCGAUCUUAGCUCUAGGAAGCCGGCGGCGGCGCUGCAGUGGGCGGUGUUGCUAGCGCCGAAGGAGGUGUGGAUGUUGGUUGGGGGCGGCGACGGGACGGUGGCGUGGAUGUUGACGGCGUCGCAUAAGCUGGAUCUGGAUCCGGAACCGCCACUAGCGAUCGUGCCACUAGGAACAGGAAACGACUUAAGUCGGGUCUUGGGCUGGGGGAGGGAGAACCCGCCGGAGUUGGACGUGGGGGAGAUCUUAAGGAACAUGCAGGAGGCGCGGGUGGCGCAGCUGGACAGAUGGAAAGUGGAGAUAACCUCCUCGAGACACCUGGGGCUCCGCAUCCCCAACAAAACUCUGUAUAUGUAUAAUUACAUAGGCAUCGGAGUGGACGCCCAGGUCGCUUUGAACUUCCACAAAACUCGAGACAGCCUGUUUUAUGUGUUCAGUAGUCGAAUUUUUAAUAAAAUACUAUAUCUGUGUUUUGGUACACAGCAAGUCGUCACUUCCGUCUGCAAGAACUUGGAACAGAAACUCGAGGUGUAUUUAGACGGCAAACAAAUCGACUUGCCUGAGUUAGAAUCCAUCGUUAUUUUAAAUAUACCGUCGUGGGGUGCUGGGGUUAACCUGUGGGGGUUGUUAGGGAACACGUUCGGUCGACCAUCGCAAUCAUAUCAUGACGGGAUUCUGGAGGUUUUGGGGAUUUAUUCGUCUUUUCAUAUAGCGCAGCUGCAGAUGGGGUUGUCGACGCCCGUCAAACUAGGUCAAGCCAAAACCGUUGAGGUGCGUCUCAAAGCGAAGUCGCCCAUCCAGAUCGACGGCGAGCCGUGGGAGCAACACCCAUGCAUGCUUAAAGUCACCCUCGUCAACAAAUGCCCAGUACUUAUCAAUCAAAGUAGAAACUAAACGAACCGAUGCAUUUAUCCAAGUAUUAUAUCGCCAAGUUGCCAUUUUAUCAAGUUCUGACUAUAGCCGUUUUCAUAUUCCAGUACAAAUUCUAACCAAGUUGAUGGUUAUCGUAGUUGUGAUGUUAUUUAAGUAUCAGAUGUUUUAAAACUUGUUUAUGUUGUGAUAAUAAAACGAAACGCUUGUCUCAUGCUUUAUUUACAAAA